AUGCAUGUACACCAAUUGUUACUUUGCCUGCUGGCCUUUGCGUGUGCUCAGAGCGCCAGGACUGCGGUAACAGGACCCGAGGCACGUGCCCAAUCCCAGCCGUCGUCAGCUGGCGUGCUGGACUCUGUGCUGCGUGGCAAUGGCAAGAGUCGUCAGUCGCGCUGUGUGCGCUGCUAUGAGGAUCGUUAUUAUGGCAGCAGCAGCAGCGGCGAUCGUUAUGGCAGCAGUGAUCGCUAUGGCGGCUAUGCCAGUCGCGCUGCUGAGGAUCCACGCAGCUCCUGGUACUACUCGUACGAUCGUUACGAUGAUCGCAGCAGAGAUCGCGACUACGAUCGCUAUUCAACGCGUGAUGAGCGCUACAUGCCGCGCAGCUACGAUCGCUAUGAAGGACGUGGUGGUGGCUACGACGAUUACUACAGACGUGGCGCAGGCGCUGGCUAUGAACGCGGCUAUGGCGGCUAUAGCGGCUACUCCAGCGGCUAUGACAGCAGAGAUCGUUACUACAACGAUCGUUAUAGCGAUAGCUCCAGGGAUCGUUAUUAUGAUCGCUCACGUGCUGGCUACAACUCGGACCGAUAUGAUCCGUAUGAUCGCUACUAUUCAAGAGGACAGUCGGGCUUCGAUAACUCGGGCCGUGGCUAUUACUUUGCCGGCAAUGACGAUGAUACGCGUGCGCCCUACGAUCGCGAGCGCGCCUCCUCCGCUGCCAACUCCUCGCCCUGCGGCCAUCAGGUCGCCAAUUGCCCCUACGACGAUCGCGGCACAAAAGUCUCCUCCUCUGCCAUAGGCAGCGAUGGCUAUCGCGGCGGUCACACCAGCGUCAUGGGCGACAUGAACAAGCCCAGCUGGAUGUAUCUGGGCGAGCAGGACAAGCCUGGCACGAGCGGUGGCUCUCGUGGAGGCGUCAGCAAUGGCAGCUCCGCAGCUGCUGCGGGCAGCGGCGUUGCGGGUGCUGCGGGCGCAGGCGGCGGCGUUGGCAGCGCGCGGGAUAGAGAGCAUGAGCACUCGCCACAGAGCUCUUCCUAUGGUGGACGACCACGCCCUCUAGGCGGCAGUUAUCUCUUCGAUCGGAACAGCAAUGCCGUGGCAGAGAGCCCGAGCUCCGCCGCAGCGAGCUCAAAUGGUGAUGGUGGUGAUGGUAGCGUCAAUUUGCCAGCAGCUGCCGCCCAAACGGCCGCUCAAUCUUCCAGCCAGGCUGAGGACAAGCCCAAGCAGCAGCAGCAG